AACUCCCCCUAUCUGCCUGCUGCAGCAAUGGCGGCUCCCAUGUCCUGGAGGCGGCUGGUGUACUCUGUGUACACACCGGCCUUUGCCGGUGUCUUCACACGAAUAUCGGAUCGAUUCUUUCGCGCACGGGACAGAAGAAAAGGGUCCUCUGUGCUUCUGCUGGCCCCCCUCCUGGCUGAGGCAGAGCCGGCCCCCCACUGUGUCCCCCGGUCGGCAGGACUUAAGGAGACCGAUGGCCUUCUCACACAAUUCCAGUGGAUGGCUGAGCACGCGCCCGGCUUCAGGGUGCCGGGCACGAACAUCCACAUACUGUCCUCCCCCAGUCAGUUCUACCAAGCCAUCAAGUCGCGGAUCAAAACAGCCAAACGGCGCGUGGUGAUGGCCUCGCUGUACCUGGGCACGGGCCAACUGGAGCAGGAGCUGGUGGACUGUGUGGAGGAGGCCCUGGCGCGCUCGCAGCAGCCAGGCGACGGGCCUGCACUGCAGGUCUCCAUCCUGCUCGACUACAUGCGAGGAUCACGAGGCCGGCAGAAUUCCCGCACCAUGCUGCUGCCGCUGCUGCAGCGUUACGCGUCCCAGAUGCGGGUGUCCCUGUACCACACUCCUGACCUGCGGGGCCUGCUGCGCCUGCUGAUGCCCCAGCGCUUCAACGAGACCAUCGGAGUGCAGCACAUCAAGGUGUACCUGUUCGACGACAGCGUCAUCAUCAGCGGGGCCAACCUGAGCGACUCGUACUUCACCAACCGCCAGGACCGCUACGUCCUGCUGGAGAACUGCAAGGAGGUGGCGGACUUCUUCGCCUCACUGGUGGGGGCCGUGGGGGAUGUCUCACUGCAGCUGCACCCGGACGACUCGGUGUCCAUGCUGGAGGGCAGGGUGCACCCGUACAACGGCAACCGAAAGGAGUUCUCGGCGUCGGCCAGGGAGCACAUCAUGGGGGUGGUGAACACGGCGCGCCUGAGGCAGCACCUGUCCCACCACUGGCAGGACGAGGAGGAGGAGGAGCAGGCGGAGAGGAAAAAGGAGCAGCAGCAGGAGGAUGAGGAGGAGGGGGAGGAAGAUGAUAGGGACACAUGGGUGUUCCCCCUGGUCCAGAUGAAGCCCCUGGGGAUCAACAUGGACGAGCAGGUCACCCAGCGUCUGCUGACCAAGGGCGGCGCCGACGCCACGGUGUUCCUGACCUCGGGCUACUUCAACCUGACCCGCGCCUACAUGAGGCUGGUGCUGGGCGCCGCCGCCGACUACCGCAUCCUCACCGCCUCGCCGGAGGUCAACGGCUUCUACGGCGCCAAGGGCGUGGCCGGCGCCAUCCCCGCCGCGUACGUGCACAUCGCCCGGCAGUUCUACGGCAACGUGCGGCGGCUGGGCCAGCAGGAGCGCGUGCACCUCUACGAGUAUCACCGGCCGCAGUGGACCUUCCACGCCAAGGGUCUGUGGUUCUACCUGGGAGGCCAGGACCGGCCGUGUCUCACGCUCAUUGGCUCGCCUAAUUUCGGCUACCGCUCGGUUCACCGUGACCUGGAGGCCCAGAUCGCCAUAGUAACAGAGAAUCGGGAACUGCGGGCCCAGCUCCAGGAGGAGCACGAAAGGUUGUACCAGAGGUCCUCGGAGGUCUCCCUCGCCACGUUUGAGCGUCCCGAGUGCUUUGUCAAGCUGUGGGUUAAACUGGUCACGCCGGUCCUUAAGAACUUCUUCUGAGAGGUGCAGCACCUUGACAAGGGGACAGACAUGCUGGGGGGGGGGACUUCUUCAGCCAUGCCUUCGCCAUCACCCCCUUCUGAGGGUCCGCCGCAAAACUACUGGUUGAAAAUAUAAUCACUGUAACCCUCCUCAUCUCAGUAAUGUUUAUAUGGGCUCCUUGUCCUGAGCUGGUUUACAUGUUACUAACCGCAGAGCACAGUGGGGUCUUGCCUUUCUGAAACUAUUUUUAAAGAUUCCCUUGUUGUUGGUUUUUUAUAAUUCUACAUUUAUUAAAAAAAAACCUUAAUGGCAUCUCUGGAAUUGCUGUAAUAAUAUAUUCAAUAAUGGUUUUCCACUCUUUCUCAAAAAAAUAGAGCGUAAGUUACCUUAAGAAAAGGAACAUGCAUUGUAAAUAUGAUUUAUGGUUGAUUUUACUAUAUUAUUGAACUUGCCAGUUCCUAACGGUACAAUGUUGAUUUAUUGUUACCUUUUUUGUAAAUUAAACUAUACAGAGAACAAAACUUGUAACCAUUGGCUGGUGUUUGACCUUUUUGUAAUAAUAAUACGGACCUCUAUAAGGCCAUAGAUUUAGGCUCCCUACCGGGAAGGGCUGAACCCCUGUCGGCAUAACCUCCACAGAUAAACCCAUCUUGUCCAGCGGCCACUUGUUCUUGCUGUCCACACAAUGCAUUGCCGCCCAUGUCCAUGUCUCCAACCUUUAUGGACAAAUAUACAUGCAUGCAUGGUAGCUUUACAGAUUUGAGUGCAUUGGUAUUGGCUUAAAUAGCACAGAGCAAAAAGGAUUAUCUUGAGUCCAGGGAGCAAUUAACGAUUUCUUAAAACAGACGAGCAAAAACAAAACAUAAUUAUAUUUAAAUUGCAUUGCCAUUUUGAACCGAAUGCUAGAUAUAGGCAGAAUUAGUUCGCACCGCUCCAUGGAUC